AUGAACUCCAGCGGACCACUGUUCGUCGCCCAGGAGGCCUUGUGUAUCUAUGAAAUCAGCACCAUCUACAAUUCCUGUCCAAGGUACCUCUUUUACGCCCUUCUGGUCGCCAGUUGCGUUACUCGCUGGACAGGAUGGCUGGCCGACGUGUUCCUGGGAGCUGCCGCCACAUAUGCAGGCACGGCCGCGAUCGAGGCAUUUAUUCUCGUUGCCAGUCCGCAGAAGAGGCAAGAUCCAGCGCCUGUCACUAUUCCAUUGGUUCCAGACAAUACAACGUUAUGGAACGACUUUCCCCAACUGGUCACGCAGACAACCCAAGUCAUGGUCCAACCUGCUUCGCUUGAGCUGGAUGGUGACGCUGUCCUUGCCAUCGUCGUUACUGGAUACCUUGUCUUUCUGCCCCUCCAGUGCUGGUCUCGUGUUUUGACACAUGAAAGAGCUCGGAAUAUUCUGUUUUACCUUUGGAACAUUGUGAUGCUGGCGGGUUCCAUCUGUGCCUUGAUCUAUGCGGCAAGCAAGUCCAAGACUCCGACGCAGUAUAUGUUUUGCUAUCCCGAUCUUCCUCCGUUUGAUCAAUCAUACAGCGAUGGAUGGCAAUCAUCAUGGAGGACCUCUACGUGGAACAAUAGUGUUUGGGAAACCUUCUCUAACAUGACGCGAUGGGGCCAACUUGGAGACAUUUGUUUCAACCCGUGCUACAACUCGAGCCAAAUACUCCGGCAGUCAACGUCACUGCAAUCAUGGGUUGCGUCAAAAGACUCCGAGCUUGCCGACCCUCAUCAUUUCUGGAACAAAGUGGUCUAUUCGAGGCGGUACAUCUACAGUCUCAUCAUCCUUUGUCUCAUCUUGAAUUUCGUCCACCUGAUAUUCAAAUUUCUGCCUUACCGGUCGCGCAUUCCUUCCGCCCAAAUCGUCGUGAUCUGGAGGGAAAGGAAAGAAAUCUGGAAGAAUUUCAAAGGGGAACUCACAAGCGCUCGAGCCCGAGCCACAGAGAAGGACACACGGUAUAGAGAAGCGAAGUCCGCCACAGGGGCAACAGCCUCACAGUGGAGUCGUGCUCGGCCUUUUUUCAGCACCAUAUUCAUCAAGGCAUUUUUGCGCGUUUUGGCGGACUUUGCAAUUCUGUUUGGUCUAGUUUUCAGCAUGAUUAUCAGUCCCUUCACGAUUAUUGCCUUUGUCACUUGGGCGGAGUGGACCAUAUACAACGAUGGCCCGUCACAAGAGAAUCCUCAACAGGUUGGACAGUGGGCUUACUUGGUAUCGAUCGGACUGCUUCUUAUCUCUGCCACAAUCCUGACGCUUAAAUACCGCAUUGCUACUACAUCCGAGCUGGAUGGAGAGAUCCAGAAGUUGAGAAAGGAUCUAGCCAGGCUGGAAGAAAGGAGAGAAGCUCGAUCACGAUCAAGGCCAGCGUCCUUGGCGGCGCCUGAAAAUAUCGGAGACAGCUCAUGA